UUUACUAUUUUACUGUACCAGUUACCAGUGCCAGUAAAAGAUCAUAAAAAUCAUCAAAUAUUUUGUCAACCAGAUUUUUUUUUCUACCGAAUUAAUUUACUUUAACAUCACUUCCACUUACACCAGUGGUCAUUAAUUUUUUUCCAUCAUAUAUAUACACACAUACUUAUAUUAUUGUUAUUAUCAUAACUACUAGCUAUAUUUAUUAUCAGUAAUAACGAAAUGUUAGUACUUGUCAUGCCGGUCGAGCUCUGAUUGUUUAAAUAAUUUACAAGUUUUAAAUUUACAACGGAAAUUUAAAUAUCUGCAAGCUCAGACACAAGUAUUUCAAAUAAAAUAAAAAGAGUGUCUGGAUUAUUAAACAAAAAUGGUUCUUAUGCCAAGAGAAUCAGGCAAACUGAUAUCUAAACUUGCAAAAAAUGUUUUCAUUGAAGAGGAAGGUGUGAAAAGUCUCGCUUGUGAGGUUCUAGAAGGUCUGAAGGACCGCACAAUAUCAAUAGAAAAUUUUUCACAGUCAGAACUGCACCCGAACUCGGGACAUCUCAAGGCCAUCGACUGGAUCUGUGUCUUGGACACAUUAAAUUUCAGCUUCUGGAGCCCGAGCUCUGAUACCAAAUGGAAAGUUAAUGGACACUCGGGUUAUUUUGCAUUGUGUUCAGCCAUAAAACGUGCUAUCGAUGAAGGAAUCCCGAUAAUUGAUCCGAAUUACUACGCAAAUAUUACAAAAGAAGUGCUGGCUAGAGUACUGAGAGCUGAUUCAGGAGCUGAGUCGGUGCCGCUUCUAGAGAAACGGGUACAAAAUUUACAGCAAGUUGGUAAAGUACUCGUUGACAAGUACAAUGGGACGUUUGUCGAGUGCGUUAAGGCAUCGCAGUACUCGGCUGAAAAAUUAGUUAAGCUGAUUGUCAAUGAGUUCGAGUGCUUUCGUGAUGAAGCAGACUUUUAUGGUCAUCGAGUAUCUUUUUACAAGCGAGCUCAAAUUUUAGUGGGUGAUAUUUGGGCUUGUUAUAAAGGAAAAGAUCUUGGUGAAUUUAAUGACAUUGAUAUAAUAACGAUGUUCCCGGACUAUAGAAUACCACAAGUACUUAUGCAUUUUGGUGCUAUGAGAUAUAGUAACCCGCUUUUAAGUACUUUACAAUCAGGCACAGAAUUAUCCCCUGGAUGCAUAGAGGAGAUCGAAAUCCGUGGAUGCUCGAUCGAAGUUAUCGAGCGCGUCGUUGACAGAGUGAGGAAUUUAAUAAAACAGUACCCGAACUUGAACAUAAACCCGUUCAGCUGCAACUCCAUCGUCGUCGAUCACUUCCUCUGGGACUACCGGCGAAAGAACGCUGAGAAACUUGAGAGUAUACCCUUCCAUCGCAUUCGCUCAAUUUACUACUAAUUGUUUUUGUUAUUUUGUUAAAAACAAUAAAUAUAAAAUACUCAAUUCCACAUUGAUUCCAGAGAACGCCGUUUUUGUUCGGGGCCAUACUUUUUUAAUGAACAAAUAUAUUGUAAUAAUAAAGUUUAUUUGAUUUUUAUUUUAGUAUCAUACAUUUACAACUAAAAUAUCCACUAAAAUAUUAAACAAUAACAAAUUACAACAGUUUUAUACUUAUCGUAAAAAUAGUUAGUUUAAAUAAUUAUUAUAAAUUUAUGAUUAUAAUAAUAAUUAUAAAAAUGAUAUUUCAUA